AUGAAGCUGAAACGACGCCGCAUCAUGGACAGAGCAGCAGCGACGACGAGGAAGAAGAGGAGUUUGAAUUCGCAGUUGUGGGCAGAGAGGCGGUUGCUUCCCCAAUUUCAGCCGACGAGAUCUUCUACAACGGCCAGAUCAGGCCCCUCUACCCGCUAUUCAACACCGAUUUGCUCCUGA